AUGUCACAGAGGAGUGGGCAGGAUGACCCGGAGCGGUACCUCUUCGUGGACCGUGCCGUCGUGUACAACCCUGCAGCUCAGGCAGACUGGACCGCCAAGAGGCUGGUGUGGAUCCCGUCGGAGCGCCACGGCUUCGAGGCGGCGAGCAUCCGUGAGGAGCGCGGGGAUGAGGUGGUGGUGGAGCUCGCCGAAAACGGGAAAAAGGCGGUGGUCAACAAGGACGACAUCCAGAAAAUGAAUCCGCCCAAGUUCACCAAGGUGGAGGAUAUGGCUGAACUCACAUGCCUGAACGAGGCGUCGGUGCUUCACAACCUGAAAGACCGAUACUACUCCGGCCUCAUCUAUACAUACUCUGGCCUCUUCUGCGUGGUCAUUAAUCCCUACAAAAACCUGCCCAUCUACUCGGAGAACAUCAUAGAGAUGUACCGCGGCAAAAAGCGCCACGAAAUGCCUCCUCACAUAUAUGCCAUCUCAGAGUCUGCAUACAGAUGCAUGCUGCAAGAUCGAGAGGACCAGUCCAUUCUUUGCACAGGCGAGUCGGGAGCUGGUAAGACAGAAAACACAAAGAAGGUCAUCCAGUACCUCGCACAUGUUGCUUCCUCCCACAAAGGAAGAAGAGACCACAACAUUCCUCCAGAAUCCCCCAAACCAGUGAAACUACAGGCGCAAAAUGCAGUUAGUGGAUCCCUGUUUUAUGGUGAACUGGAACGCCAGCUUCUUCAGGCCAACCCCAUCCUGGAGUCUUUUGGCAACGCAAAGACUGUGAAAAACGACAACUCGUCACGUUUUGGGAAAUUCAUUCGCAUCAACUUUGAUGUUGCCGGGUACAUCGUGGGUGCCAACAUCGAAACUUACUUGCUGGAGAAAUCCAGAGCGAUUCGUCAAGCCAAAGAUGAACGCACCUUCCACAUUUUUUACCAGCUGCUGGCAGGAGCUGGAGAGCAUCUCAGAUCCGAUCUGCUUUUGGAAGGGUUCAAUAACUACAGAUUCCUGUCGAAUGGCAACAUCCCGAUUCCAGGCCAACAGGACAAAGACAACUUCCAUGAAACCAUGGAGGCCAUGCACAUCAUGAGCUUCGCACAUGAAGAGAUUCUGGCGAUGUUGAGGGUGGUGUCUUCAGUGCUGCAGUUUGGUAACAUCAUCUUCAAGAAGGAGAGAAACACUGACCAAGCCUCCAUGCCUGAUAAUACUGCUGCUCAGAAACUGUGUCAUCUGCUUGGUAUGAAUGUGAUGGAGUUUACCAGAGCCAUCCUGACGCCUAGAAUCAAAGUGGGAAGAGACUACGUCCAGAAAGCCCAGACCAAGGAGCAGGCUGACUUUGCUGUGGAGGCGCUCGCUAAAGCAACAUAUGAGCGCCUGUUCCGCUGGCUGGUUCAUCGUAUUAAUAAAGCUCUGGACAGAACCAAGCGGCAGGGCGCCUCCUUCAUUGGUAUUCUGGACAUUGCUGGGUUUGAAAUUUUCCAGCUGAAUUCCUUCGAGCAGCUCUGCAUCAACUACACCAACGAGAAGCUGCAGCAGCUCUUCAACCACACCAUGUUCAUCCUGGAGCAGGAGGAGUACCAGAGGGAGGGCAUCGAGUGGAGCUUCAUCGACUUUGGCUUGGACCUGCAGCCCUGCAUCGACCUCAUCGAGAGACCGGCGAACCCUCCAGGAGUGUUAGCUCUGUUGGAUGAGGAGUGCUGGUUCCCCAAGGCCACAGACAAGACCUUUGUAGACAAACUGAUCCAGGAGCAGGGAACUCACACCAAGUUUCAGAGACCCAGGCAGCUCAAAGACAAGGCUGACUUCUGCAUCAUCCACUAUGCGGGAAGGGUUGACUACAAGGCAGACGAGUGGCUGAUGAAGAACAUGGACCCUCUUAACGACAACGUGGCCACGCUUCUUCAUCAGUCAACAGACAAAUUUGUGGCUGAACUGUGGAAAGACGUGGACCGAAUCGUGGGUCUGGACCAGGUGGCUGGGAUGAACGAAACGGCGUUUGGCGCCACCUAUAAAACCAAAAAGGGAAUGUUUCGUACGGUGGGGCAGCUGUACAAAGAGUCGCUCACCAAACUCAUGGCCACCCUGAGGAACACCAACCCAAACUUUGUUCGCUGCAUCAUCCCCAACCACGAGAAAAGAGCCGGUAAGUUGGAACCUCACCUGGUUCUGGAUCAGCUGAAGUGUAAUGGAGUCUUGGAGGGAAUUCGGAUCUGCAGACAGGGCUUCCCCAACCGGAUCGUCUUCCAGGAGUUCAGACAGAGAUAUGAAAUUCUCACCCCCAACGCCAUUCCAAAGGGAUUCAUGGAUGGGAAACAGGCCUGUGAGAGAAUGAUUCAGGCCCUAGAGCUGGACCCAAACCUGUUCCGCAUCGGUCAGAGUAAGAUCUUCUUCAGAACCGGAGUUCUGGCUCAUCUGGAGGAGGAGCGAGACCUGAAGAUCACCGACAUCAUCAUCUACUUCCAGUCCGUGUGCCGCGGAUAUUUAGCUCGCAAAGCUUUUGCUAAGAAGCAGCAGCAGCUCAGCGCUCUGAAGGUCCUCCAGAGGAACUGCGCUGCUUACCUGAAGCUGCGGCAUUGGCAGUGGUGGAGGCUCUUCACCAAGGUGAAGCCGCUGCUUCAGGUCACCAGGCAGGAGGAGGAGCUGCAAGCCAGAGACGAGGAGCUGGUGAAGGUGAAGGAGAGACAGCUGAAGGUGGAGAACGAGCUGGUGGAGAUGGAGAGGAAACACCAGCAGCUCCUUGAGGAGAAGAAUAUUCUUGCGGAGCAGCUUCAUGCAGAGACUGAACUGUUUGCUGAGGCCGAAGAGAUGAGAGUUCGCCUCCUCUCUCGGAAGCAAGAGCUGGAGGAAAUCCUGCAUGACCUGGAGUCCCGGGUGGAAGAGGAGGAGGAGAGGAACCAGAGCCUGCAGAACGAGAAGAAGAAGAUGCAGUCUCACAUCCAGGACCUGGAGGAGCAGCUGGACGAAGAGGAAGCUGCGAGGCAGAAGCUGCAGCUGGACAAAGUGACGGCUGAGGCAAAGAUCAAGAAGAUGGAGGAGGACAUUCUGCUGCUGGAAGACCAAAACUCAAAGUUUCUCAAGGAGAAAAAACUGGUAGAGGACAGGAUCGCUGAGAUGACGUCCCAGCUGGCAGAGGAAGAGGAGAAGGCCAAGAAUCUGGGCAAAGUGAAGAACAAGCAGGAUAUGAUGAUGGUUGAUCUUGAGGAGCGCUUAAAGAAGGAGGAGAAAACGCGACAGGAGCUGGAAAAGGCCAAACGUAAACUGGAUGCUGAGACCACCGACCUGCAGGAUCAGAUCGCAGAGCUUCAGGCGCAGAUCGAGGAGCUGAAGAUGCAGCUCACCAAGAAGGAGGAGGAGCUGCAGGCUCUGUUAGCCAGGAGUGACGAGGAAGCGGCUCAGAAGAACAACGCCUUAAAGCAGGUCCGUGAGCUGCAGGCGCAGCUGGCCGAGCUCCAGGAGGAUCUGGAGUCGGAGAGGAUCUGUCGGAGCAAAGCGGAGAAACUAAAGCGGGAUCUGAGCGAGGAGCUGGAGGCUCUGAAGACGGAGCUGGAGGACACGCUGGACACCACCGCCGCCCAGCAGGAGCUCAGGUCAAAGCGAGAGCAGGAAGUGGCAGAGCUGAAGAAAGCCAUAGAAGAAGAAUCCAAAAACCACGAGGCUCAGAUCCAGGACAUGAGACAGAGGCACGGCCAGGUUCUGGAGGAACUGUCCGAUCAGCUGGAACAGGCCCGCAGGUUCAAAGCCAACCUGGAGAAGAACAAGCAGGGCUUGGAGAGCGACAACAAAGAGCUGGCCUGCGAAGUGAAGAGCCUGCAGCAGACCAAGACGGAGUCGGAGUACAAGAGGAAGAAGGUGGAGGGCCAGCUGCAGGAGUUCGUGGCUCGAGCCACCGAGAUGGAGCGGGCCAAAGGAGAGCUGAGCGAGCGCUCCCUCAGGCUGCAGACGGAGCUGGACAACGUGUCCGCCUUACUGGAGGAGGCCGAGAAGAAGGGCGUCAAGCUGGCGAAGGAAGUGGACAACCUGAACAGCAAACUGCAGGACUCUGAGGAGUUGCUCCAGGAGGAAACUCGUCAGAAACUGAAUCUGAGCGGCCAAAUCCGCCAACUGGAGGCAGAAAAGAGCAACUUGCUGGAGCAGCAGGAGGAGGAGGAGGAAGCGCGCCGCGGCCUGGAGAAGCAGCUGCAGACGGUUCAGGCUCAGCUGUUUGAGACGAAGAAGAAGCUGGACGAGGAUGUGGGCGUGAUCGAGGGUCUGGAGGAGGCGAAGAGGAAACUCCAGAAGGACGUGGAGCUCACCAACCAGCGGCUGGAGGAGAAAACCAUGGCGCUGGACAAGAUGGAGAAGACCAAGAACCGGCUGCAGCAGGAGCUGGACGACCAGAUGGUGGACCUGGACCACCAGAGGCAGAUUGUCUCCAACCUGGAGAAGAAGCAGAAGAAGUUUGACCAGAUGCUGGCUGAGGAGAAGACGAUCUCGGCUCGGUACGCCGAGGAGCGCGACCGGGCCGAGGCGGAGGCCCGGGAGAAGGAGACCAAGGCUCUGUCUCUGGCCAAAGCUCUGGAGGAGGCGCUGGAGGCCAAGGAGGAGCUGGAGCGGUUCAACAAGCAGCUCCGCACUGAGAUGGAGGAUCUGAUGAGCUCCAAGGACGACGUGGGAAAAAACGUGCAUGAACUGGAGAAGUCCAAGCGAACCCUGGAGCAGCAAGUAGCGGAGAUGAGGACGCAGCUGGAGGAGCUGGAGGACGAGCUGCAGGCCACGGAGGACGCCAAGCUGCGACUGGAGGUCAACAUGCAGGCCAUGAAGGCCCAGUUCGACCGAGACCUGCAGGCGAAGGACGAGCAGGGAGAGGAGAUGAAGAGAGCGCUGGUCAAACAGGUGCGCGAGAUGGAGGCCGAGCUGGAGGACGAGAGGAAGCAGAGAUCUCUGGCUGUCGCUGCCAGGAAGAAGCUGGAGGUGGACCUGAACGAGCUGGAGGGUCAGAUCGAAGCUGCCAACAAAGGCCGGGAUGAAGCAAUCAAACAGCUCAAAAAGCUGCAGGCUCAGAUGAAAGACUACCAGAGAGAGCUGGAGGAGUCCCGAGCCGCCAGAGACGAGAUCUUCACCCUGUCGAAGGAGAACGAGAAGAAAUUCAAGAACUUGGAAGCUGAAAUCUUGCAGCUGCACGAGGACUACGCAGCAUCGGAGCGAGCCCGGCGCCACGCGGAACAGGAGCGGGACGAGCUCACCGAUGAGAUCUCCAACAGCGCCGCUGGGAAGUCGUCACUGCUGGAGGAGAAGAGGCGGCUGGAGGCUCGCAUCUCCCAGCUGGAGGAGGAGAUAGAGGAGGAGCAGGGCAACAUGGAGCUCCUCAACGACCGCUUCAGAAAGAGCAGCACGCAGGUGGACACGCUGAACGCUGAGCUGACUGCAGAGCGCAGCGCUGCGCAGAAGAGCGAGAACGCUCGGCAGCAGAUGGAGCGACAGAACAAGGAGCUUAAAGGUAAACUAGCAGAACUAGAAGGAGCUGUGAAGUCGAAGUUUAAGGCGUCCAUCACUGCGCUGGAGGCCAAGAUCCUGCAGCUGGAGGAGCAGCUGGAGCAGGAAGCCAAGGAGAGAGCAGCGGCCAAUAAGAUCGUCAGGCGUACCGAGAAGAAGCUGAAGGAGGUGAUGAUGCAGGUGGAGGAUGAGCGUCGCCAUGCCGACCAAUUCAAGGAACAGAUGGAGAAGGCCAACUCCCGCAUGAAGCAGCUGAAGCGUCAGCUGGAGGAGGCCGAAGAGGAGGCGACCAGAGCCAACGCGUCCCGCAGGAAGCUGCAGAGGGAGCUGGACGACGCCACCGAGGCCAGCGAGGGCCUCACCAGAGAGGUCAACUCCUUAAAGAACCGUUUGAGGCGAGGCGGCCCAGUCAGCAGCUUCUCCUCCAACCGCUCCGGCCGACGCAACCUCAACCUGGACGGCGCCUCCGGCGACAUGUCGGACGACGACGCCGACAGCCGAUCCAACGACUUCAACGACACGCAGACCUCCAACGCCGACUAAACGACACUUUUGAUCCUGCUGCCUCUGCUCCCACAGUGGCCACCGGAGCGGUUCUGUUUUUGUUUGUUGUUGUUUUAAUCUAACGCUGCAGGAAAAAUCCAACGCCCUCUUUGAGAAAACGGACACUUCUGCCUUACUCUGUCCUCCGCUGGUUUGGCUCGAUCAUAUUGUCAUUUCCUCCCACCAAAUUAUCCGCUCAACUUAACGAGAACAUACGCAUAAAGGUACAAAGAGCUUCUUUUUUUUUUUUUUUUUUUUACAUGUUCAACUGAGUAAGUAUGUAAAACCAGAACUGAAUGGAAAAACAUUUUCAUUUCUGGUGCCGGACUCAUCCUCUCCAACAGGGAACUUUCUGGGACACGCGAUAGGAAAACCUGGAAUCUGAACUGACAUGUUACUGUGAAAAUUAGUUAGUGUUUUAUUUACCUGCUUCAUCUCAACAUUAAUGAAGGAACGUGCAGUUUGGUGUCAAAGUUCGGCUUGAAGCUGGAAAAAGUUGCUGGAAAAAUGCGCAGAACUGCACAGAACAUCUGAAACCUGGAAAGAAAUGCUUCGCUAAAUGGUUUUCCGCUGAUAAACCGCUGGUACACCUCAGUGUUUGUGCUCAGCUUCACUUUGUUUUAUUAUUAAACUCAAAUCAAACAUGGUCUUAUGUUACUGCUGUUCUACAGGAAGUCAGAAAAAUCACCAGUUGGACUUUUCCUCUAACUUUUCUUUUUUUUUUUCGGCCCAAUUUGGAUAGAAAUUCUGACUUAUAGUCUCAUUAGAGUCCGGCUUUUUAUAUAAAUUAAAUUCAUAACACUGAAAUUUUAUCCUAAUUACGAUUUAGUUUUAUUUUUUUCUUGUAAUUCAGCUAAAAAUGUGACCCAAACAAAACAAUCGGCACUAGAGCGAGUCGAGCUCUUUCAGCCAAUCAGAUUGCGCUCAUUUGAUCACAUGACCAACAGUUAGCUAGCCUCUGGCACUUCGACUCGGCCACAUUUGCGGUUUGUCCUGCAAAUCUUUAUUAAUGGUUCAAAAACGAGCACAAGACACACAUCAGUGACAAAAAGUUAAUUUUGACAUGAUCAACAGCAGAAAUAGUCACAACGUGGUGAGGAGAAUAAAGCAGAAAAUAUUACAAAUGCAAGAGGAAUUUCACAAAUUAAAGAAAAGGAAAGUUUUGAAAAAGAUAAAGUUGUUAGAGCCGUUAACUUUUGCUUUAAAUUAACCAGGUAACAUCCUCACCUCAUGGUUUGGUUGUCCUGCAGAAACUUUGAGAUCGUUUCACCAGUAGGUGGCGCUGUACAGUCCGAAUGAAUUUAGACUAACGGCUCUCCGCAAUCUGCUAGUAAUAUGCCAGAUUUCAGUCGUUACAAGACAAACCUCUUUGUUUUUUAACCUAAAAUAAGGGUGUUCAAAGUGAGGGCUGAGGGCCAUUUACGGCCGCUGGAUUUAUUUUGUGCGGCCCCCACGACUGAUGUUCAGGAAUAAAUUAGGGCAAAAACUAUUACUUUUAAAUUGAAAUAUAGUUGCAAAAGUAUUAGCUGCAACAUAAAAUGAUCAUCUUUUCAAGCUUUGUGGUUUACCUCUGUUGUCAUGGUAACUAGGACCACAUCAACACAUUGACUUACAUCCUUGAUCCUGUUUUGCUAAGUGCUGAGUGUAGAACAAAAAAUGAAGUUUUCUUCAAUCGAGCCCAAAAUAAUAAGCAAACUGGGGGAAAAACAUGUGAAGUUUCCAUUCCUCCACAGAAAUCUGAUUAUUUUAUUAGUUUAAUUCAUGAUUAGUUUAUUGAGGAGGUACAAAAACAAAAUCUCACCACCUUUGGUGAAUUUAGUUUUUUUUUUUUUUUUUUAUUAAUUUGUUGUUUGGCGUACAUGACAAAAAGUUUGGACACCCCUGCUCUUGGUGCUGAUUUGAGAGGCGCCCUGAGAACAGCAGUGAGCCAUGAACUCAACAUCAACUUGAGUAAAUCUCUCUGACUCGAAUGUACGAAUGUGCCAUUAUUGUGAGAUAAAUAAAUCCCGACUCUUCAGACCUCAUCGAGCGCUUCGUAGGCGUUGAGUUGUUAGUCCUUGAUACUCAGACUUUUGUUUCAGCUCAGCUUUAAAUGCAGCAGCUGGACGGCUCCACACCGCUCUGCUCCGGCUCCGGCUCCGGCUCCGGCUCCGGCUCCUCUAAUUGAACAACACUGUAAAACACAACAUCUUACCAAGUAGUUUAUUUUGUAAUGAAAUAUGUUAGUACACUUGAAAUAAGAUAAAACAAGUGACUUAAGGAAGAUAUGGGAGCUUUUAUUAAGUCAUUAAUUCCUUAAUAUUGAUGGA